CCUGAAUCCACCCAAAUGCUACACAGAAUCGGUUUUCUGGCAGUCACCCUCGAUUAGCGCUCGGCCCAGUGUUGAUAUGAGAUCAGUUCACUCAUGGCUUUUGUCCUGAUCAGGUGCCAUCUUAGUAACGAGCACUAAUAGACGCCCAUCGAUACCUCAAGGUCUCCUUUCUACCACCACCACAUUUCUAUCAUGUUCAGCAGACGAGGCAAGGAGCCGUGUAGAUACUUCAACACUCCUAGGGGAUGUCGUGAAGGUCAGGACUGUAGGUUUCUCCACGAAAGAGCGGGAAGUCCAACAUCGCCCAUCGAUGCCUCGAGGUCUCCUUUCCGCCACCACCACGUUUCUAUCAUGCUCAGCAGACGAGGCAGGGAGCCGUGUAGAUACUUCAACACUCCUGGGGGAUGUCGUAACGGUCAGGAUUGCAGGUUUCUCCACGAAAGAGCGGGAAGUCCAACAUCUUCGUCUUCGUCGACUUCGUUUCAAUCGCCUAGACUAUCAGGCUGGCCUAGCGCACCCCCAGCUGGCCGGGGGAACUGCAAGUUCUUCUGGACUUCAGGGGAAUGUCGACAAGGAUUUAAUUGUACAUUCCGCCAUGUUCGCCAGUCGCAGACUCAGAAUACAGCAGAGGCGGCUCUAGAAGCAACGUCUUCGGAAUCCGACACUGUGACCCUGGACUUCCUGACGACAGAAGGGUUAGCCAGUAUCAACAACAUCUCCUUGGACGACUUGCAUAAAAUCGGCCCGACAGAGGCGCAUAACAUACUCAAACGAUUCAAUUAUCCAACGUUCCAGUUCACACGCCCAGAUCAAGUCAUUCAGUUCGUCCAGAUUCUAGCUAGCGUUGAUCGCCGGAAUCCACAAUGGGAUACGAUUCGCGCCCAGUCAUUUCUUGAAACGAUAGUUGACUUGAAGCAUCAUGUCCUUGCUCGCAUCCGCGAGGUCUUGCAAUACUCCCCUGUUUCUUGCCAUGCUGGUACCAGCUUCACGGACCUCUCAUUCCAAAUUGGAUAUCUCCCGCUUCUUCAGUUCUUUGGCUCUGACCUCAUCCUCAAAACCAAUCUCCACCAUAAUGUCCACGCCUUGUACAGUACCCUGGAUAGUGGCCUCGAGCAUAUGCUCGACGUUAUUUCUUCUUGCAUGGAAGAAAUGAUCCAGAAUCGAUCCUGGAAAGAUCCUACGCCAUCUGUUCUUGCCUCGAGGCAAAGCAACCUUUCGGGGGUGGUCGUUUUUGGCACGAUCACUACCCUGCUUACCCAAUAUUUUCAACGUUUCAAACAUGCGAUUAAUAAUCAUCCAGACAUCUUCGUAUUCGCGGGAAACCUUGUUCGAUGGUACGAUGAAUGGGCGGGACUGAUCAUGACGUCGAGCUUCGAGGAUACCAUCGACCCCACUGUUCAGGGCUUAACGUUGGAACAAAUCAGAGAGUCCAUAGGUCGACUCGAUGCAAUCGUAAAGCGAGAACAUGCAAACGUGGAGAGCAAACGGAGACCAGCGCAGCCUCAGGGUCUGAGAGAAGGGCAUCAAUCUGGAGCAUUACAGGCUCAUCUCAUCCAGACUUAUGACGCUCCCGGUUCCCUCCGUCCUCUUGGUCCUCGACACGACAAUGAUCACUGCGACAUAGCCGACAUAUCGAUCCUCCCUACCCAAGAUGAGCUGACCUCUGUUGCUCCUCCAUACAUUCCCGUCAACCUUCCGUACGCUCCACAUCAUUUGGAUCCAAAUUCAAUGGAGCGGCACCUUGAUAUUCAGUUCCGUCUACUACGUGAGGAGCUCGUCGCCCCCAUCCGCACGUCUAUAUCUGCUAUCCAAAGUGACUUUGAUACUAUGCAAGCACAAGCUUCAAGACGUGGCAUGCAGCCAGUCCAAUUGCAAAAAUUACUCAAGGCAAAGGGGGGCAUGUACCGCAACGACUCAACCAUGUUCCAUGUCUAUACAAAUGUCGAAUAUGCUCCUCUUGAAGCAGAGCGGCGUGGUUUCACAGUCGGUCUUGUUGUCGAUGCUCCUCCCUCAGAACGUGCCCGACACCCUGAUCCCAAAGCCAGAAGAGAGUUCUGGGAACAUUCUGGUUCAAGACGGCUCAGUGCCGGCAGCCUUGUCGUUUUAGUCAUCGCACAUUUCCGUCGUCUAAGGGUCUAUGCUGGCAGUGUUUCUUCAUCGACGGAUGACAUCAUCGAGUCGUCCAAGGUCCAUCAGAGUCGCAUUGCAAUUCGGGUCAAUUUUUUCGAUCCCGAUGUAGAGCUCGGUGCUCUUCGACAUGAAAAGAUCACUGUUGAUGAGAACCGGUUCGCCUUCUUGAUGGACAAUAACAUCAUGUUCGAAUCUAUCAGGCCCUUUUUGGAGAAGCUGCGUUCCGUGGAGCCUACCUCCAUUCCUUUUUCCAAUUACAUCUGUGAAGACAAUCUCGGAGGAGUUGCGGUUGCGCCUCCGAGGUAUAGCCGAAAUCCUCGUUUUCGGUAUACCCUAGACUGUCUCUCAAAAGGUAGCGCCAGGGAGUAUAUCUAUCAGCUGGAUGCAACGAGCCCUCUGUCGAUUCGGAGAGCCCGGUUGCAACUGAAGAGAUCGAGCUCUUUGGACCCCAGUCAGUGCGAUGCGGUGGUGGACGCGUUGACUCAGGAAGUGGCUCUAAUUCAAGGACCUCCAGGUACCGGAAAGAGUUUUACCGGCAAGGAGUUGCUUCGGGUCCUCUUUACCAGCGGAGUCAGGCCGAUUGUGAUCAUUGCUUUCACGAAUCAUGCACUGGACCAUAUGCUGCUAUCCCUGUUGGAUGAAAACAUUACAACAAGUAUCGUCAGGCUGGGAUCCCGGUCCUCAGAUGAACGCAUCAAUGAAUAUACGUUGGACAAUCUGGAGAGGAUAACGGAUAGAGCGGAAUCGCCAUUAGAUGAAAUCGUGCGCAAUGCGUAUUCUUUCAUGCGCCGACUAGAGGACGAAAUGACAGAGAUACUACAGCAUAUCCAAACGCCUUCAUAUACUUGGAGGACUGUCUGGUGUUAUCUGCUGAAGUUCCCCGAUCAUCUCACUUCAUUGCUGGACCCUCCUACCCUCUGGAUCGAGAUACUGUCCGGACCCUAUUGCGAGGGUAUUGAAGCAAAAGGGGGAUGGAUACCUGCGAAGAAACGUCGAUAUACCGACGGCCAGAAUAACAUAUAUUACUUUUGGAAAACCGGACAAGAUAUUUUGUUCAUACAGCCACCACAACUACCGCAGAAUACUGCGCAGUCAGCUAAAGGGAAGGAACAGAUGCAGAAACAGGAGGUCCUUGCAGCGGAGCUUCAGCAGCUCCAACAGGAGUAUUUAGAGCGCAUGAACAACUUCUUCGUGCCAUUAUUAUUUCCAGAGGGCGAGGUUCCAUCCAUUCCAACCACCUCCAGGCCGAUCGAUGAGCUACUGGUCGAUGAUUCAGUCUGGAACAUGUCUAUAGAAGAGCGGCAAACGCUGUCGGCAUUCUGGGAAGAUGACAUGAGGUCUAUUGCAUAUAACAGAUACAGUCUGCUUUACGAACAACUACGAGAAGAAUAUGAAGCUGCUUGCAAGCGUUUUAAUUACGCAAAGGACGAGAACCGACGGCGACUACUAUCUGAAGUUGACCUUAUAGGGUGCACCACUAAUGGCGCUGCUAAACUUACCUCACUGUUGACUGCUGUGGCGCCCAAAGUAUUGAUAGUGGAAGAAGCAGGUCAAGUUCUUGAGGCGCAUAUCUUGUCUUCUCUUGUGCCAUCUGUGCAACAUCUUAUUUGUAUCGGUGAUCCACAGCAACUUCGUCCUACCUUGGCCAACUUCUCUCUCUCUGUGGAUAGUGAACGAGGACGCAAACUCUACAAAUUUGAUCGUUCUUUGAUGGAACGACUGGCAGACAGUGGGUUCCCGAUGUCCCAGAUCAAUGUCCAGCGGAGAAUGCGUCCUACCAUCUCUCAUAAUAUCCGAAAAAUUUUAUAUCCUAACUUGGAGGACCACGGCCUCGUCAAGAAGUACCCUCCUGUUCAAGGGAUGGAAAACGAUAUUUUCUUCUUUACUCACACAAAUCAGGAGAAAGCUGCAGACAGCGAUGGCUCGGUUUCUAAAGUCAAUAUAUUUGAAGUUAAAAUGAUUGUUGACCUUGUCGUGUACCUUUUGAAGCAAGAGGCUUAUAGUUCACCUGGAGAUAUUGCUGUCCUUUGCGCGUAUUUGGGCCAGUUACGAGAACUGAAAUCUGCUCUGAAAUCCCUCAAAGUUGUCGUUUCGGUCGAUGAACGCGAUCAGGAUCAGCUAGUUAUGGAGGGGAUAGACGAUGAAGGGUAUGUAGAACAAGUUACUGUGUCUCAGCAUGUCCGUCUAGGCACUGUCGAUAAUUUCCAGGGCGAGGAAGCAAAAAUUGUCAUCGUGUCUCUCGUCCGAAAUUCUGGAUCUUUCGAUAGCGAGAAUUCAAUUGGUUUCCUGAAGUCUUCCAACCGAAUCAAUGUGGCGCUGUCGCGUGCUCAGCACGGGUUGUACAUCCUUGGGAACGCUUCCAAUCUUCGUCAAAAUUCCACCUGGAAGACUAUCAUAAACGAAAUGGAGCAACGGGACCAGAUUGGUUUCGGAUUUUCAGUAGUAUGCUCUCGUCACCCAGAUCAGAGGAAUGUAAUCACGGAACCGGGUCAACUCAGUGUUGUGGCACCAGAAGGUGGCUGCUGCUUUGCUUGUGAUUAUCGUAUGGACUGCGGUCACAUUUGUCCUUCAGUGUGUCAUCCCGACCUCGACAAACAUCGCAGUAUGUGGUGCGACAUGCUGUGUCUCCGGACUCCAUGUCCUCGUAUGCAUCCAUGUCCUAAGAGAUGCUCGGACAAAUGUGGCCCCUGUAGAUUCCCAUUCGACAACGUCGAACUUCCUUGCGGUCACAAAGCGUCAAUUUCAUGCUACCAAGUGGAAAAUCUAUCUGCAGUUUUCUGUCAUGAAAAGGUCAUAAAGCAGUUGCCACUUUGUGGACAUGAAGCAACAGUGCGCUGUUCGGAUAAUCCUCGAAAUCACCGAUGCCUCAAGGCUUGCGGAGGAACUAUGUCAUGCUGCGGAAACUCGUGCCAAUCCUCUUGUGGGGACUGCACGGAACUUAACCUGCCACCAGCAGGUCAGGAGUUCGAAGGAGUUCUCGACUUGAAAAUCAAGCGCACCUUGCACAAAUCGCAUCGAUGCGAGCGACUCUUAUUCUGUCAACACAAAUGUGGUCUCGACUGUUCUCAAGAUCAUGAAUGCAAUACUUCAUGUGCUCAGGCAUGCCGCCAACGUUGUGUUCACCACAAGUGUUCCAAGCAAUGCGCUGAAGACUGUCCACCUUGUGCUGAACCUUGUGACUGGAUCUGUCCUCAUCUUUCCUGUCCAGUUCUCUGUGGAUCUAUCUGUGCGCGUCUACCAUGUGAUGAACCGUGUCGCACUGUUCUUCCAUGUGGCCAUAUCUGCCCUUCAGUAUGCGGUGAACCGUGCCGUCAACAGAAAUGCAUUGAAUGUCUUUCUGACGAAGACAAAAUGGACAUCGUAGACUUUGUCAUGCAACGGACGCUUGCUGAGAUGCCUGUUGGAUCGGAAGAUAUCAGCGACAAGUUGAUUACUCUAGAUUGUGGACACGUCUUCACGGUGGAGACUCUAGACGGCCAUUUUCAAAUGACUGACUAUUACGAGGUCGACGAGAUGGGGUCUUACAAAGGAAUGAAAGCUCCUCCCAUCGAAUUUCAGCGACCACCAACUUGUCCAACUUGUCAGUCACCCAUUACGGCUCGGCGCUAUGGAAGAAUCUCGAAGCGAGCGAAUCUCGACAUUUUGGAGCGGAAUGUUGCCAGUAUGAUGUCCCAACGUCUGGCCGAGGUUAUCCCGUCCAUCGAGACCCUCAGCAAUAACCUGGAAAAACUAAAAGCUCGGGCAGAAAAACUUAAAGUCGCGCCGAAUUUCAAGUGUCAUCCUGCCGCUGGGUUUGAGGACCUGAUCAAAACAAGGGAAGGCUUCAUGACGGAGAAAGCAGAUGAAGUGUUAGAACAUUAUAUGUUCACUGCUAGGUCUAUGAUUGUUCACCAUGGCCUGUCGGACUCUGAGGCCACAUCAUGGAUGGGUAUUGUUGUGGAUCUUCAUAGGGUCUACAAAAAGGUAGCUGACAUUGCAAUGACGCGGUCUGCACAUGCCCGUGCCUACGAAUCGGCUCUUUCUACUCUCUACCGCUUGGAGCUUGCACACCUCGCUGCCGAACCACCACCGGAAAUGCUCCGGAUCCGUCCCGAACACAUUGUAGUGCGUAACGUCGACCGGAAGAUUGGACAACCACCUCAUAAGGCUGCUCGUCGCUAUCAUCUCGAAGCAUUCAUAUUAUCCGUCGAGUUGAGGCUCAUGUUGGGAAGCAUUGCUCGUUCUCGUUUUGAGGCACUUCCGGUGACUUCCAACGAGCCUGAAGUUCUUCAUCAUCGUCAUGUCUGGUACUCGUUCACCUUGUUCAUCUAUCAAUCUUGUGUCGUCGACUGUCAGAAGGUUAUUGCUAUCGCUCACGCAACUUCUUCGUCGCGCCUGGCUGCUCGUUCUGCAAGCUUGAUGUUCUGUUCAGACUUUGAACAAUUCCGUUUUUGGGUGUUGGAGAAACGCAGGCACGCGUUCAAAAGUGGUGCAUUAGCAGAAGCUCGGGACGGCCUGGUAGCGGAAGUUCAAGCCGACAAGAAGAAGAUGGAGAGUCGCUUGAAAGAGCUUGAACAGUCGUACUUCACAAGUCGUCCGUCGAGUGAUCCAUCCCUGAUCAAUGAAGAACGUCAAUGGUUCCACGGAAACUGCAGCGCCAAAAUUGAGCGCUGCUUCAAGGAGUAUGGGAAAUUGGAAGAUCACAUUAUGAAUGACGCUGUCUAUCAGCCAAUGUCCCUGCAAGAGAAACGAGACAUUGUUAAGGCCUUAGGGUUUUCGCACCGAGGUCAUUUCUACAACUGCAUAAAUGGCCACACAUUCGUUAUCACCGAGUGCGGAGGAGCGAUGCAGGCUAGCCAAUGUCCUGAGUGUAGAGCGCCAAUAGGCGGCGGAAAUCAUAUACUCGACUCCUCCAAUACCCGCGCUCGAGAAUAUGAAGACAUUUCAAGGCAGCAAGGUGGAGAGGCAAGCCCAUGGACAUGGGCGGCAGGCGCUUAAGAAGAUGAGGAUGGGGAAAGAUCAUAUGGAUAAUUAUCGAAGUAUCGGGUUUCGAAUUACUUUGCAAUAGCACAGAUCAACUGUUUUAAUUAGCCCCUCUAUGCUGUAAAUAUCUCCCAUAAUC